AUGAAGUUUGACUUCAACAUGGAAAUUCCUUGGGUCGAACUCCAAGCGCCGGAAAAAGGUCAUGGAGGCUACCAAGGCCUUAACCCCCUCUCGGAAACUUUGCGAAAAGGUACCAGAACUGCGCCUGGCCGAAAAUCUCUCUCUUGUGAUAUUCUCGUUGAGCACGAUGUCGCAAUUGUCGUUUCAGAUGGCUGUACUCUUCACGCCGACAUUUAUCGACCACCGUCUGCACCAGACCGUUCAUUUCCGGCCAUUCUCUGUUGGAGUCCAUUCGGGAAGAAGUUCAACGGGAUCGACUCUCUUAAGCUGAUGACACCCUGGAAUCUGGGAAUUCCUGAUGGAACACUUAGUGGUCUGGAGAAAUUCGAGGCUCCGGAUCCUGCUGAUUUCGUGGGUCGUGGAUACGCCAUCAUCAAUGUCGAUUCCCGUGGAGCUUGUGAUUCUGAGGGUCGAAUGACAAUCAUGGGAUCUCGGGAAGCGCAAGAUGGGUACGAUGUUAUUGAAUGGAUCGCCAAACAGCCUUGGUGUAAUGGUUCUGUCGGGAUGGGCGGGAACAGUCACCUAGCCAUUAUUCAAUGGUUUGUCGCUGCUCUCAACCCCCCGUCUCUCAAGUGCAUCGCUCCAUUUGAGGGCUGUGGAGACCUCUAUCGAGAGAAAUUUGCCCGUGGAGGAAUUUAUGGUGGCGAUCUCUUUGACCAUCUCAUCCAAAAGUAUAUGCUGCGCGGGAGGAAUGGUAUCGAGAGUUUCAGAAAGAUGUUUCAGGAGCAGCCGCUUGCGAACGAGUGGUGGAAUGAUAAGCGACCAGAUAUGACCAAAAUCAAAAUUCCAACAUACAUCACUGGGACAUGGUCGAAUACGAUGCAUGGAAUGGGUGCUAUUCGAGGCUGGUUGGAGGUUGACUCGCCGCAUAAAUGGCUUCGCUUCCAUCCGUGGCAGGAGUGGUUUGAUCUGUGGGGAACCCUCAGGCCAAAUCCGAGCUGUUCUCUUUCUUCGAUCGGUAUUUGA